AUGUACACUUCCGAGUUACUGUCUUCACCUGCGUCACUCACCUUCGGCGUCCCUCAAAUCACCAAGACGGGACCGUUCAGCUUUCCCAUCCUCAUCAUUGAUGCCCUGAGAGAAACUGUUGCUCGCUGGAAAUACUGUGUGUCGACGAUUCCACCAUUGGGAUCAAUUACCAGUGCCACUACUUGUAAUGGUGCCAGUACCAGUGCCACUACUUGUAAUGGUGCCAGUACCAGUGCCACUAAUUGUAAUAGUGCCAAGGACAGUGCUAAUACUUGUAAUGGUGCCAGUACCAGUGCCACUACUUGUAAUGGUGCCAGUACCAGUGCCACUAAUUGUAAUAGUGCCAAGGACAGUGCUAAUGCUUGUAAUGGUGCCAGUACCAGUGCCACUACUUGUAAUGGUGCCAGUACCAGUGCCACUAAUGGUGCCAAGGACAGUGCUAAUACUUGUAAUGGUGCCAAGGACAGUGCUAAUACUUGUAAUGGUGCCAAGGACAGUGCUAAUACUUGUAAUGGUGCCAAGGACAGUGCUAAUACUUGUAAUGGUGCCAAGGACAGUGCUAAUACUUGUAAUGGUGCCAAGGACAGUGCUAAUACUUGUAAUGGUGCCAAGGACAGUGCUAAUACUUGUAAUGGUGCCAAGGACAGUGCUAAUACUUGUAAUGGUGCCAGGACGGACAGUGCUAAUACUUGUAAUGGUGCCAAGGACAGUGCUAAUACUUGUAAUGGUGCCAAGGACAGUGCUAAUACUUGUAAUGGUGCCAAGGACAGUGCUAAUACUUGUAAUGGUGCCAAGGACAGUGCUAAUACUUGUAAUGGUGCCAAGGACAGUGCUAAUAUACUUUAG